UCCUCCGAGGUUAUCUUUAAUUACCGGAUAUCGCUGCUUGUUAUCACGCGUAAUAAAUCGUUGCAUCGAACACUCGAUCUGCGAUAUACGCCCUUUGUUAUUUUCCUUUUCUCAAGCACCGACUGUUUUAAUUUCGAUCCGUCUCUCGACUAUGCUGACGAAAUUUCGUAAAAGUAAUGAAAUUUGUUUGAAAUCUGUUAAAAUCAGUCGAGACAUAUGAAGCAGGAAAACUUCAAAGGAAUUUCAUUUCGCUGACGCGCGCAUUCACUUUGCUUAAUGUCGGGUAUACACGAGUGGAAAUAUAGUGAACAUCGUAAACUUCCGCCGUGACACCUAUAAAACAUGCAUGGUUACCGCGAAGAAUACACGUGCGCGUGUGCUGCGCGCCAACACCGCACCGAGAACGCGACUAGCUCGCAAAUCGUUCCCAAGUAUCCUCGACGGAUGCUCCGAUCGACCAUGGUGUCUAUUAUUAUUUUUACGCGAAUCCAAAACGUCGCGUGGGAAAAACGGAUCGCCGAAUCUACCCCGUUUUCCACCGGGACAACACUUGUCCGUUCGCCGGGAGGAGCUCCGGAAGGGAAUUGUGCCGGACGACACUCGGAUGGAUCGUAGAUCCUGCGGAAGUCGCCAACGGAACAUGACGACGCAUAGACGCGACAGGAUGAGGCACAGCAGUUCCUGGCCCGAUCGAGCACGGCAAACGGUGAGGGUGCGCGUCGAUCCUCUAUCUCGCGCCUUCACCAUCAUUCCGACGAGCCGUGAAACGGCAUAUCGAUCGGAACCGACUGCGCCACGAUCCAAUUGCUCGGAAGAAAUCAUCCUUCUAGAUCGAUGCGCCCCCGGAGAAAUGGCGUCCGCAAUGAUGAAACGGAGAUUAGUCGAUGGCAGACCGCCACCUGCCAGCAAAAAAGCCGCGAAUCUCGCCAAGAAUUCGAGCGAUGCGAACCACGAGACCGAGUGUGCGGGAAACAUUGCGCGCUACUUCAUGCCGCGCAGUCUCCCCUCGACCGAGACGAUUCACCGAGACAACCUGUCGCAAAAAAACGCCUUUCGCGACCAAAGCAGAUGCAGGUCGGACACCCUCGUGAGGAAUGACGAAGCGCGGAGGAUGCAGUGCACGAGAAGAGCAUCCGUACGGAGAAGCAUGUCGGACACGGACGUCCUCGAGUUGCUGCCGCAAGAUCCAGACGCCCGGGAAGAAGCUGCAGACCCAGUCGCGCCGCUGAUACGCAGAUCCCCUCCGACCAGCGCCUUUGAUGUUGUGGUAAAAGUCGCGGAUCAAAGGCCGAAGAGCAGUAUCGUACAAACAAACAAUAAUUCGCGAGGCCAAGAAGCGAACGAAACGCGAAGGAAGGGCCAGACCGCGUCUGUAUUCUCGUCAUUCCGACAUACCGCGUCGCCGCCGCAGAUCAAGAUAGUCGACUACGACUACGUGACAUCCGUUUCGUCGUGGUCAGCUCAUCACGCCUGCUCAAAGUGCACGUCCGAAAGCGACCUCCGCUCGCAGGUGGAUCCCUUUCGCUCCCCCUCGCAGAGCAAGAAGAACGACGCGACGGUGAACGCGCGUAGACGCGAUGAUUCGAGCACAUCGUCGUGCGGCCGCAAAAAGGAGACGCCGCGUAGCGAGACUCGCGCCGAGCGUCAAGGCAAGGACACCUGGCACGAGGAGCGUCUAAUCAGCGCGGCAAGAAAGGAGGACGGGGACGAUAAAAAGCCGACGGAGCGACUGGCGGACUUCAGGAAGGAAGCUACCCUCAGGCGACAUUAUUAUCCUGAGGGUGGCUGGGGAUACGUCAUUGUCACGUGUUCAAUGCUGGUGCACUUUCUCGGGGUGGGUCUGCAGCUCGCCGCGCCCGGAGUCUGGCAUAUCACCGCCGAAUUCAAGUUCCGACAUCCCCCGCUGCACAGCGCAGCGCAGCUAUGAGCGACGAGAAUUCGCUCGACGACGAACCGGAGGAGGACGAGGAAGG